AUGGGUUACGUGUCUGCGUUCACUGAACUUCUAUUUUGCAACACUUUCGAGGUGAUUGGAGAGAUUUACUAUUUCCGUAGUAGAACUAAUUCGAGUUUGUGGUUUCACAAUUUUUACAGGAUCCUUUUACGAGAAAGCCGAAGUCAGUACCAUUUGCUUGUCUGGUAUAAUUUGGUUACUGUAGUCAUGGAUAAACGUUCGCAUCUGCUGUUCUACUUAUCAAUUGUCCAACAGCCCCGGGUUCGACCGAGCCAUUCGUCUUACCUUCGGACAAUUGCGAAUCUGUUAUUUUACAACGUUUUUUGCCUCAACGGGGCCAAUUGUUUGAAAAGAUAUGGGCAUGGAUCUUACAAUUGUGAGAACUCUGCGACUUCUAACGAGUACUUUGAAAUGAAAUCCAACACAGCUUUUUUUCAUUACUCAGGAAAUCUACGUGUUAUUUUCAUUAUUAUUAUUACUAUCUUAUUUGUACAGAAAAACGAGCUUCGCAUGGCGGAAAGCUUGGACGGCUUGUGGACUUUUGUUAGAGAACCGAAGAAUGGUAACGAUAUCGGUUUGAGGAAUGCGUGGUAUGCACAGGAUUUGAAAAGAUUCAAAAAUGCUACAAUAAUGCCCGUACCAGCCGCCUAUAAUGAUAUGUCCGCAAAUUCACAACUACGUGAUCAUGUCGGAUGGGUAUGGUAUCAAACAACGGUGAUCAUACCGGAACGAGAUAUGGGACAUCAUAUUGCCAUACGAUUUGGAAGCGUUAAUUAUUUUGCUAAAGUCUUUUUCAAUUCUAAAGAAGUUGGAUCUCAUAUUGGUGGACAUUUACCAUUUGAAUUUAACGUCACUCAAUUAGCUUUAUUUGGCAGAGAAAAUAAGAUUACGGUAGCCGUAAACAACACCUUGUCAUGGUCCACCAUUCCACAAGGUGAUUUUAACUAUAUGCGAGACACAACGAGAACUAUUGGAGGGCAAAAUAUCUCUCGCACACCUGACGGCGCAUUUACAAACACGGGAAAUUUCGAUUUUUUCAACUAUGCGGGUAUUUUGAGACCAGUUUAUUUGCUGAAAUUACCACAAAGUCAUAUUGUGGACAUAAGGAUUCUCGCUGAACAUAUGGGCUCCUUUUCUUACGAGGUCAUUCUUAGCCAAAACAAAUCCGAUGAAGAUGUUUUCGUACGUAUGUAUGAUCCAGAUGGUAACAUUGUCUAUUCUGCUCGAGGUUUAGAACGAAAAGGAGCGCUGUCGACAGUAAGACCAUGGUGGCCGAGAGGAAUGGGAGACCCGGAUCUCUAUACUUUAGAGGUGGAGUUGACUGUACCACUGGAGCAACGUAGUUUGGAUGUUUAUCGCCAGAAAUUCGGAUUCCGUACAGUUGGCUGGACGAAAAGACAGAUUCUGAUUAAUGACAAACCAUUCUACUGCAUUGGCUUUGGAAUGCACGAAGAUUUUGAGAUACAUGGGAGAGGUUAUAACCAAGUCGUGAUGACAAAAGAUUUGAAUUUACUAGAGUGGAUGAAUGGUAAUUGUUAUCGAACUUCACAUUAUCCAUACGCUGAAGAGCGAAUGGAAGAAAAUGACAGACGUGGUAUUGCUGUCAUAUCGGAGACUGCUGGAGUGGGAUUGAAGGGCUUUUCGAAAGCAAAUAAUCUUCUUCAUAUGAAAAUGUUGGAAGAGCUGAUCGAACGAGAUAAAUCACAUCCGUCUGUCAUUAUGUGGAGUUUGGCCAAUGAACCAAAAACAGAUAAAAAGGAGUCACGAGCAUAUUUCAAAAAUCUUGCUGAUUACGCCCACGCACUUGACAAAACUCGUCCGAUCACCAUUGUCUAUGGACCAACAAAGUAUGACAAUGACCAAACUCCAGAUCUGGUAGAUGUUAUUGGUGUGAAUCGAUAUUAUGGUUGGUACAUAGACAUGGGACAUCUGGAUUGGGUAAAUCAGAGCGUCUACUGGGAUAUCUCGCUAUGGGCUGAAAAGUAUAAACGUCCCGUGAUCGUUAUGGAAUACGGAGCGGACAGUUUACCGGGUUUGAAUCAGGAACCGUCAGUGGAUUUCUCUGAGCAAUAUCAAAACGAUCUCAUCAAAGAAGUACAUCAUGCAUUCGAUGCUUUACGGAAAGAACAUCGUCUCGCUGGCGAAAUGAUUUGGAAUUUUGCCGAUUUUAUGACAGCCAUGACCACGACUCGAGUGGUUGGCAACCAUAAGGGUGUAUUUACUCGAACACGACAGGCAAAGAUGGCUGCAUACACACUCAAGGACCGGUAUCGGUCGUUAUUCGAUCAAACCAACUUAGAGACGUGGAAAUAGGCAUUGUUUUACUCGUAACUUAAUGUAUAGAAUUUAAUGCAUAAAUUAUUGUUCUUAUGUGAAAAAGUGUUC